AUUAAGGGGCUCUCUUUUGCUGUGUCUCUUAUUCUUUUACCUUGGGUCCCCUUCUACCUUCUCCUCCUUCUCCGGGAUGUGAGUGUGAACAUCGAGGUAUCCGGACGGACCCAUCUCUCGUAAGACAGCUGAUUAGGAAACUAUCCGUGGCAUCCCCCUCUAUAAAUAAUGGCAUGUAAGCGCACGGCGGGGCUGGGACCAGCUGCUUAGAACACAGGGGCUAGCUGCUACUGUUGAGGCUGCUCUGGGAGGACAUUGACCCAGCUGAACUGCUGCUGUCGAGUGCUAUCACUGAGAUAGAACAGAGCGAGAGAGAGAGAGAGGAGCAGCAGCAGAGUAGAUUGAGGCGUGUGGGAGACAAGGAACAGGAGGAGUACGACAAGCUCACUUCGAACAGCACUAUCUUAACCUUUUUCAAGGAUGACCAAGCCAAUGCUGCCAAAGACGGCCGAGAAGAAGCCGGCGACAGAGGAGGUUCCAGUGGAUGGUGCAGCAAAGGCACCGACAGAGGGGGAGGCCAAGCCAGAGGCAGCAGCAGCACCUCCUCCAGAGGAACCAGCCCCAGAUCCAGCACCAGAGGCCCCUGUUGAGCCAGCAGCACCCGCAGCAGAGCCAGUCCCAGCAGAAGGAGCCCCAGCUCCGGCACCCCCAGCUGAGGAUGGGGCCUCUCCGGCAGAAGGAGACCCACCAGCCGAUAGAGCUCCCCCUGCAGAGGGUGCCACAGCAGAGCCUGCCCCGGCACCAGAGCCUGCCCCGGCACCAGAGCCCGUACCAGAGUCGGAACCUCCAAGGAGUAGGCAUUGAUUUAUUUUCCUCUAAGCUAGGGUCAACUAUUAGAGGCAUGGUUUGUGCUGUAAUAAAUACUGGGUUUUCUUUAAUGAUGAUGAUAAUGAUGAUAAUAAGAUAGAAGGUAAACCCUGGCUGUGGUUUCUGUGGUUCUGUUCUCCUUUUUACUGUUAUUGUAAAGGGCAAUAUAAGUAGGAAUGGACAGUGCCACCUUCAUUGGUAAAUCAGAGAUGUUUGUUGUUUAAUGUAUAUUUUGUCUCUCUGUAUUAAAACUCACAGGCGCAAAAGAGAAGAAAAGUUUUCUACUAACAGACUUUCCUGUGUUUUUGUUUGUGUAUUGGCUAAAAAGAUGAAAAGGAUGUUUAUCAAAGUAUUAUGUUUGCUGUGUUCCUGUACUGCCGAUAGCCGCCGGUUGGUCUUUCCCAUUCAGUCUGACCCUUUAAACACAGACUGACCUCUGACCUCUAGUACCUGCCUACAUGGCCCCCUUUCUGGUUAACCUGUGGCAUGGGACCAUGGGCUCGGGGCCCGGGGGCAAGGCAACUCUGUAACUCAACCUCUGAUGGCUGUCAGCUUGAGCUUAUUUUAGGCUGCUUUUGCAGGAUGUCUCUAUGUGCUAAUGUGUUGUUACAUACAAACUGUUUAUGUGGUACAAAUCAGCUAUGACAAGACAAAUU